UUGUACACUACAACAGGUUUGGAGAUGACUCCACCAUACCAAACUCCUGACAAAGGCACUGUGAUUUAUCUAGGAGAAGGAGUGAGAGGUCUCUGCCCCCUGAAGCAGAUCCUCCAUCAGCAAGGGGACAACACACUGAUCUUCGAAGCACGGUUUGAGAGUGGAAAUUUGCAGAAGGUGGUCAAAGUCAAUGAAUUUGAGUACCAGCUGACCCUGCGCACCGACCUUUACACAAGCAGACACACGCAGUGGUACUACUUCCAAGUAAGCAAUACACAGGCAGGGAUGCCAUAUCGGUUCACUAUUGUCAACUUUACCAAGCGUAACAGCCUAUAUAAACGUGGCUUGCGGCCACUGUUGUACUCAGAAGCCGAUGCUAAGAAAUACAAGGUUGGCUGGCGAAGGACUGGAAAGGAAAUCAAGUAUUACAAAAACAAUGUGGGCCAAGGUGGACGUCAAUAUUUCUCACUCACUUGGACAUUCCAGUUCCCUCAUGACCAAGACACCUGCUACUUUGCCCACUGCUAUCCUUACACCUACUCCAACCUGCAGGAAUACCUGGUGGCCAUCUCUAAAGAUCCAGUGAAGUCCAAAUUCUGCAAGAUUCACAUCUUGUGCCAUUCACUGGCGGGAAACACAGUGUAUGUUUUAACUAUCACCAACCCCGCCAAAAGUGGCAAGGGCUCCGAGAGGAAGGCUGUGAUACUAACUGCGAGGGUGCAUCCUGGAGAAACUAACAGUUCCUGGAUAAUGAAGGGCUUUCUGGAUUACAUUCUUGGUGAUUCAGGCAAAGCUCAAUUCCUGCGGGACAAGUUUGUCUUCAAAGUGGUACCCAUGUUGAAUCCAGAUGGUGUGAUUGUGGGAAAUCACCGCUGCUCUUUAACUGGUCAGGACUUGAACCGGAAAUACAGAUCUAACUUGAAGAAAUUUUAUCCUUCCAUCUGGUAUACCCGAAACAUGAUCAAAAGAGUGAUGGAGGAACAUGGUGUUUUUCUGUAUUGUGACAUCCAUGGUCACAACAGGAAACAAAAUGUCUUCAUGUAUGGUUGUUGGAGAAAGCAGCAAGCAAAAGCUCCAUGCCUGCAUCCACGUGUCUUCCCACUCUUGCUGAGCAAGAGCUGCCCAGAUAAGUUCUCAUUCCCAGACUGCCAUUUCAGAGUACGAAAGAGCAAAGAAGGCACAGGUCGAGUGGUAAUGUGGAAGAUGGGCAUCAACAACAGCUACACUUUGGAAGCGUCUAUCUGUGGCUCUAACUUGGGCUGCAGACGAAGCACCCAUUUCGAUAUGAAAGACUUGGAGUCAAUAGGACAGCAUUUCUGUGAUGCUCUCUUCAACUACUGUGUUCAUAACAAGGAGGAACAUGAGAAAGUAGUGAGACGGCAAGCCAGUGUGAACUCCGAGGUCCUGAAUUCUGAUGUGUUAGACUGGGAUUCCAGCAGCCAAACUUCUGACAGCCCAGACUCCUGUGAUCUUGUUGCACACCAGCUAAAACUAGGUACCAAGAAAAAAACAAAAACAUCAGGAGAACAUUUUCACAGCAUUGCUAAGGACAGAAGUCAUGAAAGCAAAAAUACUCAAGGCAUUGAAACGCAACAUAAGAUAUUUCAGGUACUUGACCAAGUGAAAAAAGUAAAAUUGCCAAUUACAGCCUCUGCCAAACAAGUAGGAGAGGAUUUCAGCUCUGAGUCUCUCACCCAUGAUACUAAAGGCAAUCAUGAAAAGCCAUCUGUGCCACAGGAGGCAGGAAGAAGUGUGUGCCAUGAUACGAUCCUAUCCACAAAUUUCCAUUCAUCAAGCUUUAAUCUGGUCUCCCAGAAGAUGAAGAAACACAAUAGCAAAAGUGUCUCCAAGGCUGCAGAGAAGACAUUUCAAUAUUUAAAAGGUCAUGAUCGCAGUGCAAAGAGCAAUUCAGAAAAGGAAGAAAGGAAAAUGAAGGAGAGGCUCCCCUCAAAAAGCACAAGGCCCAAGAAAACCAGGACGGCAAGCUAAGAUGUAAAUUUUGGGAAGAGUAAAUCCUGCCAGGCACAAGACAAGCUGCAGUUCUCUCUGCCAUUACUGCCUGAAGCAAAGAACAGACAACAUGCUGCAAAAUAUCGGGGUAUAUUUUGGAGCCCCAGUUCUUCUGCCAAUGAAGGCACAUGAAAGUAUAAUGUAUCUGAUUUGCUUAAACCAUUCCCAAGACCUUGGUUAUGGAUUAUGACUCUAUCAGCAAGGGAGUAGAUACUUGCAGAAAUCAAAAUUAUUCUUGCUCUUUUUUUUCAGAAAAAUAGUUCAUACACAUCGGCUAAUGUACGCAUGAAGUUUCUCUCACCACAUGAAGAACCAUCCCAAAUUCUAAACCAGUUUAGUAGGGAGUCUCUCCUGAAUAUAAAGUAUCA